AUGGCAUCUGCUACUAUUCGUGAUACCGGUGCAUUACUACGACGUUUACGAGACAUAAUGAAAUCAAAUAAAUAUUUUACUGAUGUUAUUCAUGCUUACAUUGUACCAACAACUGAUCCACAUAGAAACGAAUAUGUUGCUGAUUGUUUCCAACGACGAGCUUUUUUAUCAAAUUUUACUGGUUCAAAUGGGACUGCUGUUGUAACAUUGAAUGAAGCUUUAUUAUGGACAGAUGGACGAUAUUUUUUACAAGCUGAUCAAGAAUUAGAUAAACAAUAUUGGAAAUUAAUGAAAGAUGGAACAAAAGAUGUUUUAUCGAUAACAAAUUGGUUAGCUAGAAAUUUAGAAUCAAAUUCAAAUGUAGCAUGUGAUCCAAAACUUGUUUCAAUUGGUGAAUGGAAAGAUUGGACAGAAACGUUGAGUCAAUCGGAUAAAAAUUUAAUUGCUAUUGAUCAAAAUUUAAUUGAUUUAAUUUGGGAAGAACGACCAAAAUUACCACAGGAACCUAUUUGGGAAUACGAUGUUAAAUUUGCCGGUAGUUCAACAACAGCCGAAAAAUUAUCAAAAGUUCGUGAAAAACUAAAAGAAUAUCAAGUUCAACAUUUAAUUGUUCAUCGGACAGAUGAUGUUGCGUGGUUAUUCAAUCUUCGUGGUGCUGACAUUCCAUAUAAUCCCGUAUUCUUAUCAUUUGCCCUUGUUGGACAUGAUUAUGUCAAGUAA